UCGAAAUUCACUCCCCGGACUCCGUCCCCCCGCGUUAUCCCCCAUUUCCAGAGCUUGUUUAGGCGUUAGCGUUUCACCAGUUCCAAGUCGAAAAUUAACACCGACGUUUGGUACAAAUAUUUCAAGUAAUUUCUCUAAAACGAUUUUAAUCUGAGCUGUCUCUCAGGACUAUGCAAUGAUGCGGGUCGUAGUGAUUGUGCUUCUUGGAGUUCAUCUAGCCUAUGCUGGAACACACUCUCUGAAAUACUUCUACACUGGUGCGUCUGGAGACAUUGACUUCCCAGAGUUCACAGCGGUUGGUCUGGUGGAUGAUGGGCAGUUUAUGUACUUUGACAGCAACAUAAAGAAAGCUGUGCCAAAGACAGAGUGGAUCAGACAGAAUGAGGGAGCAGAUUACUGGGACAGAGAGACUCAGGUCCUGAUUGGCAGCCGUCAGGUCUUCAAAGACAACAUCCAGAUUGCAAAGGAACGGUUUAACCAGUCAAAGGGUGCACACACAGUUCAGAUAAUGUACGGCUGUGAAUGGGAUGAUCAGACUGGAGAAACAGAUGGGUUCUGCCAGUACGGUUAUGAUGGAGAGGACUUUCUGUCUCUGGAUUUGAAGGAGAUGAGAUGGAUCACCCCAGUACCACAAGGAGUCCCCACUGUACAUAAGUGGAACAAUGACAGAGCUGAUCUUGAGGGCAGAAAACAUUACUUCAGCACUGUGUGUAUUGAGUGGCUGAAGAAGUAUCUGGAGUAUGGAAAGAGCAGCCUGCAGAAAACAGUUUCUCCUCAGGUGUUUCUGUUGCAGAAGGAUCCCUCCUCUCCAGUGACGUGUCAUGCUACAGGAUUUUACCCCAGUGGAGUAACAAUCUCCUGGAUGAAAAAUGGACAAGAGCAUCAUGAGGAUGUGGAUCUUGGUGAACUUCUUCCUAAUGAGGACGGAACCUUCCAGAGGACGAGCACCAUCAGAGUUACACCUGAUGAGUGGAAGAAGAACGAGUUCAUCUGUGUGGUGGAACAUCAGGGCAAGACCGUGACAGAGAAAAAGAUCAGGGCGAAGAAUGCCCCUGAUGACUCCUCUAGUCAAAGAAGCAGCUUCUGGCAGUGGCUCUGGAACUUCAAAUCACAAUGACCUAAUAUAUGUCACAACGUGAUUGAGAGAACUGAUCCUGACAAAUAAUGUCCAGCCUUCUGCCAUAGAUCUCUCAGAGAGACGAACACAAACACAUUCUCUUCUUCUGUCUCUCUCUAUAUAGAGGAGGAAACAAUCGAAAUAUAGAAGAUGUUUCCUAAUUUGACUGUAUUAGCAAAACAAGUUAGUUGUAAGGGUCCUUUGUUAGUUACUGAAAGACCCAUGUGUUUAGAUUUGUGUACAAGUACUGGUAAAGCAUUUUAUAAAAUGUGUGUUAAAGUUUUUAAUUAAAAGAGUAGAGUAGAUACCUUGGCAUACGGUAUUGAAUGUGGAAGGGAAUGUGAAACCUGAGUGGAGGUCUCUGUAUAAACCACUGUUAAAAAAAGGAAAGGGGAUAUACAGUAGUGACUUCUUCAUUGUUUUUCAUGGAGUGUGAUAGACAGAAGCUUUUAUUUUUGGUUUUGCAAAAAUUGUUCAAUUCCUUUGAAGUGUUUUCCAUGAUAACCUUUAUUUUUGGUUUUAAAUUUGUUAAAAAGAAGAGCUGCAUUUGUCAGUUGUUGAAUUUUAUUUUAGGACAGGCCAAACUAGCCAUCUGUGAGCAGGAAAAAUAAGGUUGAAAGGCUGUCGGGGGAGGAUGCAGUGUUAAUGUUUAUAAAUAUGGUAAAAGCAAGAGUAUUAAUUGAUUUUUAUUUUUAUAAGUCAAUGAAAGAUCUUUUAACAUUUGAGAUUAAGUGGUUUGUAAAUGGAGUGUUGGCGCUGCCAUCUCAAUUAGAGCUAGGUAACCGGUAAUACAUGACGAAGGAUUAAAAGACUUGCAACUCAGACACUAUCUAGCGUUUAGCCUGCACACCCGCACAAGAGAGCAGCGGCCAUUUUAUUAAUGAUUGCACACCUGUGUAUGUUACUCCACCCACUUCAUGAAAACAGAUCACAGUCAAUUAGAGAACAUAUACAAUUACAUAAGUCAACAUGGAGUUUUGUGCUUUGUUGUUGAUGAAGAGCUGUUUUUUACUCUUUGGUUGUAACUUUUUUUUCUUCUUUUGAUGAUUUCUUUGGCACUUAUGUGGUAAUUGGAUAUUUUUUUUUAGAAAAAAAAUGUAUUAAUGAUGUAUGAUUUAUUAUAAUAAAAUUAAUUUUUAAAAUUCUUAA